CUAUUUCCUACUUCAAUCUCAAACCAUAGACGCUAAAAUUAAAGAUGAAUGAUGCUAGGGAACUAGUGCGUGGGGUAAAGCCUGCCUUGUUGAUGGUGUUGGUGCAGGUUGUAUAUGCUUCUGUGAAUGUUCUAUAUAAGUUUGCCAUCAAUGAUGGGAUGAGCACUAGAGUGGUCACUGCCUACCGCCUUAUUUUCGCAACGCCAUUCACCAUUUUUCUCGCUCUUAUUUUUGAAAGAGAGAACAGGCCAAAGCUGACAUGGAGGGUGCUUUUGAUGUCAUUCUUUUGUGGUCUAUUUGGAGCAAGUUUGCUACACAACCUUUUCCUUGAGGCCUUGGACCUGGUGUCAGCAACAUUUGCCUCUGCCAUCUUCAACCUUGUUCCUGCAGUCACUUUCGUUGUGGCCAUCUUAUGCGGCUUGGAGAAGUUAAAUAUGCAAACCGCAGCAGGGAAGGUCAAGGUGUUAGGAACCAUAGUAGGAAUUGGUGGGGCAAUGCUGCUGAUAUUUUUUAAAGGGGCAGAAAUUAAAAUAUUUAGUGCCUUCCACAUUAAUCUCCUGCAUAAAAAUGGCCAUGUAGCAAGAGUCCAUACUGGUUCUGGUACUAAAUUGUGGGGUGUUCUUUGUGCUUUUGGAAGCUGCUUCAGUUUUGCAUUCUGGCUCAUCAUUCAGUCUAAGAUGGGUACAGAGUAUCCAAGAAAAUACUCAAGCACGGCAUUGAUGAUCUUAAUGGGGGCAAUUCAAGCCACAGUUUUUGCUCUUUGUGUUGAGAAGGAUUGGAAUCAAUGGAGUUUGGGUUCGAGUAUUAGGCUUGUAACUGUGGCCUAUGCGGGCAUUGCGGCCUCUGGAGUUAUGGUUGUAGUCACUGCAUGGUGCGUGAGGAUGAGAGGCCCAGUGUUUGUAUCUGUAUUCAACCCUUUGUUGCUUGUGCUUGUGGCUAUUGUAGGUGCCUUGAUAUUAGAUGAGAACUUAUAUGUGGGAAGUGUAAUUGGAGCUGUGCUAAUUGUGUGUGGCUUGUACAUGGUGCUAUGGGGAAAGAGCAAAGAAACGGAAAAGGAGAAUCAGUUGGGGUCAUCAGAAGUCACCCAGAAAUAUGAAGCAACUCACGCUGUUGUCAUUUCAACGACAACAAAUAAUGGCAAUAGUGACGGCAGUAGUAACACCAAUUGAAAGAGCAACUUAAUUGCCAAGGUUCUCAAUUAUGACAUUGAAUAUUAGUUGUUAGGGUCUGACAGUUAUAUAAUGGGCAGGGCAUAUCUAUACUAUAAUAGAAGAUACUACUUAGUGAUAUGAAAGAGAUACUUUGCUUUUCAAAGGGAAAAAUGAUGGUUUGAUGCCCUUUUUGGGGUAAAAAAUAAAAUAAGAUGGGUUAUAGGAUGUACUUAAAAGAAAGAGGUUAGACAAGAUGAAGGUGAAAAUGAAGUUGUGAGGGAUGAAGAGUGAAAAUAUCAAGUUUUUUUUUUUUUCAAAAGUAAUUGUUGAAGGAUUAAUGGCAAUCAAUUUAGUAUUAAGCAGACAUUAUUGGGCCAUUUUAUUCAAUUUCAUUUUUUUUUUAUGUUUAUUCAAUUUCAUUUGUGGCUUCAGUUUUAAUUAACUAUUAUUUAAUUGAUUUUUAUUAGAAGUAUUGUGAUUUAUUCAUGGUUAUUAUAAUAAGAUGAGAGGAGAGAGAAGCUCUGCUAGGGUUUUCCACCCUUGGAGAGCACAAUCGUCUGACAGGGGACGCAACUCUAGUCAACGAGCGUUGCAGGGUCACAGUAGCGAGAAGAGGGGCAACAGUUCCAUUAUUCUAGGCACAAGCGGUGACCAAGCUUUCAAGGAAGAAGAAGCUACCAAGUUGUCAUAGUUGAUGGGAUAUUUAAGUCUUGUGUUUACCAUAUGAUUUGUGGCUAGGAUGGGGUAACCCUCUUAGUCCUUAUCUAAAGGGUCAAGCCAAAACCAGUGCUACCCUCAAGUAACUCAAUGGACGUACGAAUAUCUGCUUCAAAAGGAUAAAAGAGAGUCUUUAUUUAAUCCCUUAUGGUUCGUUGGCGCGAUCAGCAUAAUGGCAGUAUCAACUAAUUAAGGUAGGAAAUGGUCUUAGUUCUGUUAUGGAUAUCCGAGAUUAUGGGCCAGAGAGCGUUCUUUCAAACGAGAGGGGAGGCGAUACAAAAUUGGUGCUCGUAAUUCAUCACAUGAGAUGUAUCGGUGGUGACUUCCUUGGAUUGGGGUACAUGUACCUACGCGCACCUUUCCAAGGAAGCAAGGAAAGUACGACGAAGUAGAAGUAAAAGCGAAGAUCAACGCUUCAAGGUGAUGCAUCGUGGGAGAAACAAAUUGAAAGAGGGUGAAUCUUUUUCAGCGUUUAUCGAUGAAAGAAUUACAACAACGCAGAUCGCUUACAUUUUCUCACAACACUACUACAGAAAAGACCUUUUGCCACGCCUCAAUUGCCACGGUUAUAGGCGGAACCGUGGCAAAAGGUCAGAUAUCACCAGGGAUGGCAAUGGGUCUAGGACCCAUAGGGUACCCGAAAAAAAUACCCAUUAUGGGUAGGGUAAAAACCCGCUAUAUGGGUAUGGGGUUGUGCUGGGUAUCGAUUCAGUUCAUGGAUUCAGAAGGUUUGAAGUUUUGCUUCUCUGAUCUGCGAUCUCAGUGAUGAU